CAACGUUUUGUUCUUGACACAUACAAGAUGUCGUUCGUCUAUAUGACUUUAAUUUUGCUUUCGAAUGCGAUAAUAAUCGGAAAGUUUGGCCUGGUUUUGGCUUCAUGUAAGUCAAAUUCUGAUUGUGUGAGCAGCUAUUACAGCAACAAUGUUUGCUGCCGAAAAGUGUUUCACAGGUAUCUCGAUCUUGUGUUCAGUACUACAGAAUGCUACUACGGAAAUAGUUCAUGCGUCGGUCGCUAUUGCCUGGCAGACGGUGAUUGCGGAGGGAAAGGCGAAUGUUGUAAAUCAAAGAAGUGUACCAAGUCAGGCUGUAGCAAUUGUCACUCUAAUUCCAACUGCGGUUUUUCAGAGUAUUGUUGCAAACAGCUAUAUACUUCCGAAAAACAUGUUUGCAGAAGAAGCUGCGUUGGGGAGAAAUGCCUUUACAGUUCGGACUGCGGUGGUUCGUCAGAGUAUUGUGACUUCAAUUACAAAUGUGUCGAGUGUUAUACGGACGGUGAUUGUAGUGGGAGUAAAUGUUGUCUUAAUAGCAAAUGCGUCACCUCAGGCUGCACCCCUUGUUCAUCGAAUUCUGAAUGCUCUAGUUCGGAGUAUUGUUGCAAGCGAGGAGACUACGACGUUAACGUUUGUCGAAAAAGCUGUGUUGGUGAAAAAUGCUCCUACGACGGUGAUUGUGGAGGGCCUGGGCGGGGAGUUUGUGAUUCGAGUAGCAAAAAAUGUGUCGAGUGUUCUACAAACGGUGAUUGUAGUGGGAGUGAGUGUUGUCUUAAUAACAAAUGCGUCACCUCAGGCUGUACGCGGUGUUCAUCGAAUUCUGGAUGCUCCAGUUCAGAGUAUUGUUGUAAGCGAGGAAGCUACUAUUCUAGCGUUUGUGGAAAAAGCUGCGUUGGGGAAACAUGCCAUUACGACAGUGAUUGUGGAGGGCCUGGGGAAAGUUGUAAUUCCAGCUCCAAAUGUGUCGAGUGUUCUACAGACGGUGAUUGUAGUGGGAGUGAAUGUUGUCUUAAUAACAAAUGCGUCACCUCUGGCUGUACGCGGUGUUCAUCGAAUUCUGGAUGCUCCAGUUCAGAGUAUUGUUGUAAGCGAGGAAGCUACUGUUCUAGCGUUUGUCGAAAAAGCUGUGUUGGGGAAAAAUGCUCCUACGACAGUGAUUGUGGAGGUCCUGGAGAGAGUUGUGAUUCGAGUAGCAAAAAAUGUGUCGAGUGUUCUACAGACGGUGAUUGCAGUGGUGAUAAAUGUUGUCUUAAUAGCACAUGCGUCAUCUCAGGCUGCACGCGGUGUUCAUCGAAUUCUGGAUGCUCCAGUUCGGAGCUUUGCUGUAAGCGAGGAAUCUACCUUAACGUUUGUCGAAAAACCUGUCUUGGUGAAAAAUGCUCCUACGACAGUGAUUGUGGAGGGCCUGGGGAGAGAUGUCAUUCCAACAAAUGUAAGAUAUCUUCCUAUUCCUCUACAACUGCAUCCUGGGUUGUCCCAGUGAUCGUGGUGGGCGUGAUACUGUUCUUAGCCGUAUUUGGCGGGAUUCCCGCUUAUCGUUGUUUCCGUGGCUCAGCCCAACGUGGGCGGGUCGUGGAACAACCUGCUUCCCAGAACACAAUUGCUAUUGUUGCUGUCGAGAAUACUCAAGGUCAUACCAGCGCUCCACCACCACCAGUCUACAAUACUCCCCCUCCUCCUCAUUACAACCAGGGAGGAGACUUUCCUUCCCCACAACCCAACCAGUUUCCCCUGCCUCAACCCCUACAUUUCCCAGAACCUCCGUAGUAGUAGCCGGGGUAAUAGUUGUUAAACAGGAUGAAGAUGGUAAGGAGGACUUUAUUAAGUCUAUGCGAGUUACUGAAUGCAUAUUGAAGUAAAGCUAGAAACUGUAUUUAGGGACUAUACCUACCAGGCCUUUAUAUAUGUCCUCUGAUUUUGUCAUUAAUAUUUAAUCUAUAGCAAAGUAUGGCAGUGGCGUAGCCAGUCUGUCGUUUAGUUCUCCUAUGUAAAUGUGAACUCUUUAUAAUUAUUCAUUUCCUUUGAAUUUCAUAGUUUCCACAGUCAAUAUACAUGUAAUUGUAAGCAAAGCAAGACUAAAUUUGACGGCUUUGAAUAUUACGUAUUUCAAUAUUAAGAAAUAAAUAAUAUCGCGUUUACUAAAAUUCUCUUACUUUUGUUAUUAUUAGUUCCCUUUAUAGUCUCUUUUGUUCGACUGUAAUAGAUUUAUGAGUAUAAUAAAGAAAACCUUGUACGAUUUGGCAGUAAAUUCUACGACAAUGUGGGCAGU